UUGGCAGCAUUGACUGUUUCCUCCAAGCCACUCCACCGGACGCCAUUACCACGCCACCGGAUCACAAAUCUGUCACAGUGUAGUUUUGUGUGGUUCUUCGAUAAUUCAUUUUAAUUCUCUAUUAUUCGUGUUUAUAGAAAACAAUAAAUAUAAAAACUCAAGAUGUCGGAUGAAAAAAAGGGUGAAAGCGAACAUAUCAACUUAAAAGUACUAGGACAGGAUAAUGCCAUUGUCCAAUUCAAAAUAAAGAAACACACACCUCUCAGAAAAUUGAUGAAUGCCUACUGUGAUAGAGCGGGUCUAUCAAUGCAAGUAGUCAGAUUCAGAUUUGACGGACAACCAAUCAAUGAAAAUGACACACCUACAUCACUGGAGAUGGAAGAAGGUGACACAAUAGAGGUGUACCAGCAGCAGACGGGAGGGGCUUUAGUGUAAAUUAUAACUUAAGGAACUGUCCAUAUGUGCGAAGAUCGCCACAGUGUGCCCAUCUCAAAACUUAACAUUAAGUUAAUUUUAAUACCAACAUUUGUAUGAUUAUUAAAAAAAUUGUCAAAUUUCCAAGACAUAAUUUCCUUGCAGAUUUUCCUUUACAUUAUGUCUCGGAAAUUUCAUAGUAAUUAAGACGGAUUUUUGAGGUAAACCAAAUGUUCUAGGUAACUUCAACAAUUAUUCCAUUGUGAUAAUUUUUAGUUGACAUGUCUAGAAUCAGCCAGUAUUUUAAAUGCUGAAGCACUAAGGCAUUUUCAUGUUUCUAUGUGGUUAACUGUAAUUUAUUGGACUUGUGUCCAUUCCAAAUGUCAGAUCUAUAACUGCUGAUGUACCUAUCUGGAAUAAAGUAAAUGUAAUAAUUU